CUUGACGCUGGUGGUCAGUCUGGAGCUACAGCGAUGGGCCACAGUCGAUAUUUAUCCCAAACAAAUCAAACUAACGCCCGGGCUGAGCCGUUAGUGAUGGAUAAACCAUAGUUCCGGUGGUUUAUCCGGGUUUACGGUGUAUUUGUCGGUAGUUUAUGAAGCGAACGCGGUAGAGUUUAGCUAACUUAGCUGAAUUGUUCUUCCAGAGGGAGGAAGUUUGCGGUGGCGGAGGAAACAUUAGAGGAAACCGGGGAGGGCCGAACUAUCCCGUCAUGGAGGACUCCGGGUCGGCGGCCCUGGAGAAGAAUGUCGCUGACCUCACGGUGAUGGACGUGUACGACAUCGCCGCGGUGGUGGGGCAGGAGUUUGAGCGGAUCAUAGACCAGUACGGCUGCGAGGCUCUGUCCAGGCUCAUGCCCAAAGUGGUCCGGGUCCUGGAGAUCCUGGAGGUGAUGGUGAGCCGCAACAGCAUCGGGCCGGAGACCGAGGAGCUGCGGCUGGAGCUGGACAAGCUGCGGCUGGAGCGGAUAGACCGGCUGGAGAAGGAGAAGAAGCACAGAAAGGAGCUGGAGCUGGUGGAGGAUGUGUGGAGAGGAGAAGCUCAGGACCUCCUCACCCAGAUCGCUCAGCUGCAGGAGGAGAACAAGUCCCUCCUCACCAACAUGUCCAACAAAGACCCCCUGAGUGAGGAGGACCUGCAGAGGCACGAGGGUAUGACAGAGAGAGAGAGGCAGGUGAUGAAGAGGCUUAAAGAAGUGGUGGACAAGCAGAGAGACGAGAUUCGAGCCAAGGACCGAGAGCUCACACUGAAAAACGAGGACAUAGAAGCACUCCAGCAGCAGCAGUCUCGCCUCAUGAAAAUCAAUCACGACCUGCGCCACAAAAUCUCCGUGGUGGAGGCUCAAGGGAAAGCACUGAUUGAACAGAAGGUGGAACUGGAGGCCGGGGCUCAGGCGCGGGGGCAGGAAGUCAGUGCCCUCCGGCAGGAAGUCGCACGCUUAAAGGAACGACUUCAAGGAGACCUACCCGCCCAGAACCCUGAGGAACCCCCACCUCAGCCCCCGUCACCUGCAGAGCGUGGUAAAGCUGCUACAGUGGUGUUGGGGGCUGAGGGCUGGUCAGACACACCUGACCCCUCUGAGCUGAUGUUGGGUGGGUUUGACCCUCCCCCACCACACCCCCUGCCCGGUUCCCUCAGCCCAGAGGGACACGAGGACGGGGAUGAGGAGGACGAGGCGGUGUUGCUUUGGGAGGCGAUGUGCGAUGAGGACAUGCCUGCUGUGUUCCAAUAUUUUACAAAGGAGGCGCUGUGCGAGGAGGAGGCGGGAAGCCUGGAUCCAAAGGACCCCAACCGGCCCCGGUUCACCCUGCAGGAGCUGAGGGACGUCCUCCACGAGAGGAACGAGCUCAAGGCCAAAGUCUUCCUGCUGCAGGAGGAGCUGGCCUACUACAAAAGUGAUGAGAUAGAAGAUGAGAUCGUUAGUCCUUCUCCGUCUCCGUCACCUGAGCUGAGGACUCGCUCCCGUUCUUCUGCCCAGCCAGAGUCAGGAAUCAAGCGCCUGUUUAGUUUCUUCUCUCGAGACAAGCAGCGGAGCUCGCAGCGGGGCGGGCACUUUAACACCGGCCUUGGCACGUGGACGGGGAAGGACGACGUGUACACAGAACAAGCCCAGGAGGCGUUACAGCACAUGUAGAGUCACCAGUCACUGGACAAAACUCUUAACACUCCCAUGUCCAUCACCCUGAGGCCGGCUUGUGAAGCGUCCAUUUGCACACCAAAACCACCACUAGUGACUCACACUGCGACUCAUAAGCUCGAGGUGAGACAGGAAGAAGAAACUCACCUUGAAUGAGGCUCCAGCUUAGAUAGAAGUUUAUUUAAACCCCUGAGCAUCAUACUGUAUUAUCUCCGUGAGUUAUGGCACAUACAGACUUUAAAGAUGUUAGAGAACGUGUUGGAGGAGAGGGUAAACUCAAGUCGUAGGAUGGAGAGUGGAAAGUUGGUUAACGAUAUGUUCAGUGGGUGAAAGUGACGCCACAGAUGAAGGCUCGGGACACAGAAGUUUGCUGAAAAUCUCCUUUCUAAAACUCCGAUUAUGAAGUGUUUGCUUUUCCAUAAAGACAGAAUUACAGUAUAUAACAACCCCCAUAUUUAAAAAAGGCAAACUUGAAAACACACAAUCACUGCAGUAUUCUCAAAAUGAGAGCAACACUUUUGUGUCCUGUUAAUUUAUUUAAAUUUCCUCUUCUUUGUUGACAUGAGCAGCUCGUCGGUCCGUCACCAGCACUUACAGCAAAUUCAAACUUUGUAGCUCCUCAUACGUAAAGAGUACAGGGCUGUGCGUAUAACAUGCUGCAUAGAAUCACAAUAUAAAAGAUGUGUACAGAAAAAUAUAUUGACAACACUUACAAAUGCUUUUUUUAUUUAAAAUAUACAUCAUCCAACAUGCAGUAAGUACGGAAGAUCAUUUCAGCUGAGAAAAGAAAAAUACAUGACGAGUUAUUUUGAUAAAAUAAAAAUAUUUAUGUAAGUCAAAAUUGAGAUACUGUGUCAAAACUUUGAUUUUAUAUUAAGAAAUAGUGACUCACAAUUUUGACUUAGUAUCUAAACAUUUUAACUUCGUUUUGAGUUCAUUUCUAAAAAAUUUGACCUAACUCAUUUUGAUCGAAUAACUUAUAUUUUUUUGAUUUAGCAUCUCAAAGUUUUGACUUAGUGUCUAAAAAUUUAACUUGAUAACUCAUCAUUUUGAAGAAUUUGACUUGGUCUUCAAACAUUUUGACUUAACUGAUAAUUUUGACUCAGUAUCCAAACAUUUUGACUUAAUAACUCAUAGUUUUGACUUUGUAUCUAAAGAUUUUGAUUUAGCAACUCAAAAUUUACUUUGACUUAGUACCUGUAACAGUGACUCAAUAACUCAUAAUUUUGAUUAAGUAUCUAAAAAUUUUGACUUAAUAACUCAUAGUUUUGACUCAGUAUCUAAAUAUUUGGACUUACUCAUAAUUUUGACUUAGUAUCUAAAAAUUUUGACCUAAGAACUAAUAAUUGGGAAUUACUAUCUAAAAAAUUGGACUUAAUAAGUCUUAAUUUGACUUAGUAUCUACACAUUUUUACUUAAAAACUCAUAAUUUUGAAGUUAGUCAUAAUUUUGACUGAGAAUCUAAAUUUUUUUACUUAAUACCUCAUAAUUUUGACUUUGCGUCAGGACAUUGACGUAAUAAUUCAUAGUUUUGAUUUCAGAAUUCAUCAUUUUUACCAAUCUUAUCAUUUUGACUUAAAAACUCAUAAUUUCAAUUUAAUAACUCAUUAUUUUAGCCUUAGUACCAGAACAUUGACCUAAUAACUCAUACUUUGGAUUUCACAACUACAAACUUAGAUUUAAUAACUUUUGAAUAAGUAUCAAAACAUUGACUUAGUAACUCAUAAUUUUUACUAAAUAUCUCAUAAUUUGUACCUACCACAGUCUGUGUCAAACUAUGAUGACUUACUGAGAUUUUUAAUAUUAAUAAUAAUAGUAAGUCAUCAUAAUUUUGACCAUUGAUUUGUUUCAUCAUACAUAUUUUUUUUUUUAAUCGUUCCUUCUUGUUUUGGUAGAAAUGGUCUUCCAUAGAAAAUAUGUGCUUCUCUUUAACUCAUAGUUAAUUGUUCCCUCCGUGUUAACAGCAAUAGAUUCAGUUUGAGUGAAUUAAUCCUAUGUAACAUCCAGAGCCACAAAGUCUGUUUUUAAUCCAACAGUGCCAAAGUAUUUAUUGUUAUAAUGCAUUAAUUCAACCCUACAGUUUUAUAAUAACAGCAAUCCCAGAAUCACCAGCUGAACCAAAGCAGGUCAUGACACAUAAACAGAUGCAGUAUAUUGAAAAACAAAAAAAAUAUUACUCAGCAGCUUUUAAUCUUUAAUGUGCUCAGAUACCUCGUAACAUUUAAACACUCCGAAAACAAAAACAGCAGUGUCAGUAUUAAACUCCAGAAACAAGCUGCCUGUGUGAGACGUUACCUUCUGACUUAUUUUCUUCUCGUGAGAUUUGUGAAAAAUAAGUAAAAUAUAGAAUAAAAACAGACUAACAACAACAUAUCUAACUUUUAGCGCACGUCACGUAGUAAACUAAAUUUAGGUUUGUUAAAAAGCUACUAGAAAUCAGUGUACACGCUGACUUGUGCUUUUAUGCAUCAUUUAUACAAGGCCUAAAAUAUAAACAGGUUUCAAAGCUAUAACGUUGAAUUGCACAGCAGACGUGUAAAUUCAUGACGUUAAAUAUUCCUCAGAUUGUGUUCAUGAGACGUCUCAGAAGUAAGAAACGACAGAAAGUUGAUAAAGCUGAAGUUUGGUUUACAUUUUUUAUUUUUAAAAAAUGCUAAUCAUUGGUUGCUGCUUCUGCUUUUACAGCUCGGCUUCAUGUUUAACGCUGACUGACGUCUUCGCCCUCUGAGAGCAGAGUGAAUAUCUGUGGUGUGAUUCAGGAGUGUUUUAAUAUUAGUGGCACUUCUUUAUCUUUAUUUAUGUUCACCUGGCGAGGUGGAAUAAAUGAAUGUAAACUGACAGGAACGCUCUGAUUUAUGAGCGUCAGAGCAGCUUCCCCUGUUUGACGUAUUACACAUGUGACGAAAUUAUCAUGUUAUAGAUUAUAUCUUAAAGUCAAAGGGAUCUGCACAAUUUAGGCGUGAAAAAUAUGGAAGCCCAGAGGACACUUUAUUAAAAUGAUAACGUAAACUUGAAAAUUAAAAUGCAAUCCCACAAUUUUCCACAUUUGUCUGUGUUAUUUUAGUAAAAAUAAAAAUCAAAAUGUAAUAAUUCAAUUUGCAUUUUCACAUCUGCGUAUGGGCAUUCUGUGAGUGCAUUAAAAUGAAAAUGGAAAAAAAAAGUUUGACAUUUAAGUUUUAAAGAUUUCACUGCUGUACAGUCAACAAUAUAUAAAUGUUAAAUUAAAUUUUAAAAAUUUAAAAUGCACUAUAAACAGUAUAACCUGAUUUUCUAUUUAUACGAUUCUAUUUGUAAAUAAUUUUUAUAACAAUUUGAAAAUAGUAUUGAUUAUAAAACUAACUGUAAGCAUAAUUUAUUAAGUAAUACAGAAAGUAAAUGGGUGAAAAACAAACCACAACAAUAAAGAUAAAAAACAACAAUAAAACGGUUAAGAGAUGUUGACAGUUAUCUGCCCUCAAGACUGCACUAAGGCAAAUUAAAUUAUAAAUUAAGGAUAAAAGAAUAAAAUAACCCAAUGACAAUAUAAUAUAACAACAUUAAUAAUUAAAUUAAACAUGAUGAAAAUAAAACAGUGUGCUAAAAUUAAUACAAUAGAUAAAAAAUGAAAAUGGCAUUUGACAUUUAAUUUUCAUAAAGUUAACGUGCUGUACAGUCAGAUACAACUCUGAAAAUUACAUGUCAAAUAGCUUGUUCAUUUUCAUUUUAAUAUGGUCAUAGAACGCCCAAACAAGAAUGAAAAUUAAAAUUGGUUAUUUUUUUUGCUAAUAUAAGAUACAUAUGUAGAGAACUUUAAUGCUACUGUGGAAUCACGUUUUUUAAUUUUCAAGUUUGACAUUAUCAUUUAAACAACGUCCUUCAUGGGCCUCCAUACAAACUGAAGCAUUAAAAGGGAAAUCUGGUCUGAACAAGACGACGUGUCCGAAACACUCUGCAGCUCCUCAGCUCAUUAUUUAAGUCAGUGCUGAUCCCCAUCUCUCGUGUGUUCCCUGAUCCAAAUGGGUAUUUAAAAGAUAUAAUGAAGGAAUCAGUGCUUUAUUAAAUGAGCUGGCUUUUAUUCAAACAUGUGUCGUCAAUAAUAAAACUUCUGUCAUGUUUGAGAUGUUUGUCUGUUAUUUUAAACCCACUUUCUUUUUGGGUGAGUAAUUAGAUUAUGUUUGUUGUUGUUUUUGUCUUAUUUUCCAUCAUAAUUGCAUUAAACCUCAUCUGGAGACCUUUAA